GCGAUUCUUAAAUUCCAUCACUAUAUACGCAAAAAAAUCUGUUCUGCUGCCUUCAAACCCUAACUGCCCUUACCCAUAAAAACCCUAGCCCCUUUUCCCCCAAUCGCCAUGGCCAGAAAGCGAAAAUCCCGCCUCCCCGCGGCUCCUCAAGAACCCGAAAUCGCUCAAACUACUGAACCAGCAACGGAGCCGGAGCCGGAGCCGGAGCCGGAGCCAGAGCUGGAACGUCAACUGACCCAAACGGAGGAGACGGUCGAAGGAAAUCCGGAGGAGGUUGGAGAACAAAUGGCGGAUGGCGAAAAAGAGGAGGAAAAACGGAAAUUAGGGGAGGCUGAAGGAGAAGCUGAAGAAGAGCAAGUGGAGAACAUUGAGACGGCGGCGGCGGAGGAGGAUAGUGUCGAAGUCGGCGGCGCGGAGGCGGAGAAGACGGAACAGGAGACGGCGGAAAAUCCAUCUCAGGGCACAGUUUCUGAAAAUGGAGAAAAGGCCGAGGAGCAGAGCGCCGAAGGAGAAGAUGAAUUGGAAGAAGAGCCGCUGGAGAAGCUUCUCGAACCAUUUUCCAAGGACCAGCUGACGCUUAUAAUCAAGGAAGCAGUUUCCAAACAUCCUGAUGUGAUGGAGGCUGUGCACAAAUUGGCCAAUGCUGAUCCUGCGCACUGCAAAAUCUUCGUCCAUGGCCUCGGCUGGGAUGCGAAUUCGGAGACUAUUACCUCCGUAUUCGGGAAAUACGGAGAGAUCGAGGAUUGUAAAGUUGUCAAAGACAAGAACACUGGGAAAUCCAAGGGCUACGGAUUCAUUCUAUACAAGCACCGCGACGGUGCACGCAGAGCUCUGAAACAGCCUCAGAAGCUGAUUAAUGGUAGAAUGACGUCGUGCCAGCUGGCCUCGGCCGGUCCUGUGCAGACUCCUCCUCAAGCCGUGGCAGCCGCUCCUACACCUCAUGUGUCGGAGUACACGCAGAGGAAGAUUUAUGUGAGCAAUGUGUCUGCUGAGCUUGAUCCCAGCAAGCUGUUCGAGUACUUCUCAAAGUUUGGGGAGAUUGAAGAGGGGCCUUUGGGAUUGGAUAAGCAAACAGGGAAGCCUCGAGGGUUCUGUUUGUUUGUGUACAAGAGCGGUGAGAGCGCAAAGAAGGCAUUGGAGGAGCCACACAAGAAUUUCGAGGGCCAUAUUUUGCAUUGCCAGAAGGCUAUAGAUGGACCGAAGCACGGGAAGAAUUACUACAAUCAGCAACCCGGUCAGCCGCAGCAGCAGCAACAGCAGCAUCACGGGGGGUAUUACAAUCAUCCGGCGAAGAAGGCAAAGUAUGCCGGAAGUAGUGGUGGAGGGCGCGGAGGCGGGCAUAUGAUGGCGCCACCAGCAGGGCCACCUGUGCCAUCUGCGGGGCUUAAUCCAUCGGUUGCGCCUGCAGCUAUAGGGCAGGCCGUGGCAGCUUUGUUGGCCACACAGGGGCCUGGAUUAGGGAUUGGAAAUUUGGUUGGAGGUAUGGGAGUGGGCAUGAAUCCACAGGGAGUGCCGCCCAUGAUGCCGAAUGUUGGUUAUGGAGGCCAGGGCGGCGCUGGUGGCUUUGGAGGUCAACCACCAAUGCACGGAGGCUAUGGUGGCCAGAUGCCGCCAGGUCAGGGUGGUGUUCGACCACAUCAGGGUGGUGCACCCUACAUGGGCCAUGGCCGCUAGGUGAGGAAGAUUCUUCACAAAUACCUCAAAGUUUUAGUGUUGGUCAUUGGAGGCUCCUCCGAGGAUCGAGCAAAUCAUCGAAUGAAGUCUUUCCUUGUACCAAUAACCGGACAUUUAUUUAUAGGCCAGUUUAAAAUAUGUAACCCUGUGCUAUUGUAUCAGUUAUGUUUGUUGCAUAUUUAUAAAAGCUUUUUCGAAGCAAAGGGCUGAGAGCCAAUAUUUGUAUUCCUACUCUCUUUAGGCUACAAAAUGCUUUCUUUCAGCUAGGUUUGCUUUCUCUACUUCAAACAAUGGCAUACUUUUUAUAAUUUUCACCAUUUUGGGGAUGUUUUUUA